AAGAGAAAGACCUUAUUUCAUUUUAUUUUGUUUUUUUUCUUGAAUUUUUCUGGCUAACCAGCAGCUCAAAAAUUUGGACAUUUUAAAAACUUAAUAGUUAAGAUUCCUUUGUGGGCGUCUUUAAAUCUUGUUUUUAAGCCCAACCUGUUUAAGGACACGCUCACUCCUUAGGAAGCGUGGGACUGCAAAGAAUUCUUGGAUUUGGGGGUUUUGGGUUUUUUUGUUUCACUCCCGUUUGCGACUCUUGAGCCAACUCAGCCCAAUCAUGGUGAUGUUCAAGAAGAUCAAGACUUUUGAGGUGAUCUUUAACGAUCCUGAAAAGGUGUAUGGCAGUGGUGAGAAGGUGGCCGGCCGAGUGAUAGUAGAGGUGUGUGAAGUUACUCGAGUUAAAGCCGUUAGGAUCUUGGCUUGUGGAGUGGCUAAAGUCCUCUGGAUGCAGGGAUCCCAGCAGUGCAAGCAGACUUUGGAGUAUCUACGCUACGAAGACACGCUUCUCCUGGACGACCAGCCAACAGGUGAGAAUGAGAUGGUGAUCAUGAGACCUGGAAACAAAUACGAGUACAAGUUCGGCUUUGAGCUUCCUCAGGGGCCUCUGGGAACAUCUUUCAAAGGAAAAUAUGGGUGUGUAGACUACUGGGUAAAGGCUUUUCUUGAUCGCCCCAGCCAGCCAACUCAAGAAAUAAAGAAAAGCUUUGAAGUGAUGGAUCUGGUGGAUGUCACUACUCCUGAUUUAAUGGCACCUGUGUCUGCUAAAAAGGAGAAGAAAGUUUCUUGCAUGUUCAUUCCUGAUGGUCGGGUAUCUGUCUCUGCUCGAAUUGACAGAAAAGGAUUCUGUGAAGGUGAUGAUAUUUCCAUCCAUGCUGAUUUUGAGAAUACAUGUUCUCGAAUUGUGGUCCCCAAAGCUGCCAUUGUUGCCCGCCACACUUACCUUGCCAAUGGCCAGACCAAGGUGCUAACUCAGAAGUUGUCAUCAGUCAGAGGCAAUCAUAUUAUCUCAGGGACAUGUGCAUCAUGGCGUGGCAAAAGCCUUCGAGUGCAGAAGAUCAGACCUUCUAUCUUGGGUUGCAACAUCCUUCGAGUUGAAUAUUCUUUAUUGAUCUACGUUAGUGUCCCUGGCUCAAAGAAAGUGAUCCUUGACUUGCCAUUGGUAAUUGGCAGUAGAUCAGGUCUAAGCAGCCGAACAUCCAGCAUGGCCAGCCGGACCAGCUCUGAGAUGAGCUGGGUAGAUCUAAACAUCCCUGAUACCCCAGAAGCUCCUCCUUGCUAUAUGGAUAUCAUUCCUGAAGAUCACCGACUGGAGAGCCCCACCACUCCUCUGCUAGAUGACAUGGAUGGCUCUCAAGACAGCCCUAUUUUUAUGUAUGCUCCUGAGUUCAAGUUCAUGCCACCACCAACUUACACUGAGGUGGAUCCCUGCAUUCUCAACAACAAUGUGCAGUGAGCAUGUGGAAGGAAAGAAGCAGCUGUGUCUACUUGUUUCUUUUCUGCCUCUCUUCCCGGACUCUUCAUUUUUUAAAAGAGACUAGUCUCUACAGUGGGGUGUGGAUCCACCACAGCCUCUGACUUCCUAAUGUAGGAAGUGAUCAGCAGGCAGUCUCCUGGGCCUUAAGGGUGCGGAUGUAUCUUCAGCCAGGGCCAACGUUGUGAUAUAGGGGUGUUUGCUGGAUGGGUUUUAAAACAAGCUAAAAAAUCUUGCCCAUCCAUUUUUUCUCAGAUCUUGAAAAAUGGAGGCAUUUUUAGUUGGUUUGAGUCAGGCAGAAAUGGUCCCCUGACAUGAUCUUCUCAAGAUUUUUUUGGAGGUUUUUUAUGGAUUAUUGUAACAACAUAGGACCUUGAACUAUGCCUUGUGGAACAGAGCCAAUUUAGCAAAACUAGGAGAAAGAGAAGGAAAAUCGUGGCCAAAACUUUGGGGAAAGGAGGUUCUUAAAAUUUGUGUAUUCCUCUUUUUUUUAUACUUACAGAAGAAAACCUUCCAGGGCUGUUUGGUUUGGACUUUGGAAACAGUUUUCCAACUAUGAAUUAAAGCAGUGGUUUUCAACCUGUGGGUUGUGACCCACAGGAGCUGUAUUAAAGGUCUGCGGCAUUAGGAAGGUUGAGAACCACCAAAUUAAAGGGAAGCUGCUCUUCUAAGGUUGCCUUGUUUAGAACAUACCUUAACCUGGCUUAAAGCAAUAGUAACUGUCUCACCAAAGGUCUUAAAAGCCAUUUUUAGAGCCUGUUGCACUGUAUUCUCUUUUUGUAAACAUUUUCAUAUGGGAGAAUGUGUUUUUCUUUUCAUGUGAGUCCUUGGAAUUUAUUCUAAGGUAAUGUUCUUAGCACUUUAGUGUCUGUCAAGUUUUUUGUUCUUUUUCCUUUUAAAUAUAAGCUAAAACUGGUCUACUAUGUCUCUAGGGGUAAGCACAAUGACAAAAAAAGAAGUGUUACACUUUUGAGACUUUGUCCCAGUGGACAACAUUAUAUAAUUCUAACACUUUAAUUAUAUAAAAGGGCUGUUGCUGUCAGCCUUGCCCAUUGUGACUUCUCCCAAACCCAUGGAGGAACUCUAGAUCAAGACACUCCAACACUGAUCAGAGCCUCCAGACACUGCCAUGAGAAACUAGAGGGCAAGUCUUCACAAAAGCCCCUUGAACUCCCUUCCUGCCCUGUGUCAGGAGAUAGAGAUACUAGCUCCUCUCUCACUGCAGCUGCCAGUACUUGGUCAGUCACUCUCAGCCAUAGCACUUUGUUCACUGUCCUGUGUCAGAGCACUGAGCUCCACCCUUGCUGAGAAUCAUUACAGCCAGAAAGUAUAGGCUGACAAUGGUUUGGUUUUGUUUUUAAUUAUCUUUUUGUAUGAUACAAAACUAUAUUUUGUACUUAACCAGAUAUAUUUUCGCCCCAGGUGGGGGUAUUCUUUGUAAAAAAAAAUAAAUAAAAGGUUUUUUAAUGACAAA